CGUUCAUCAGCUCGCCAGCGCUUGGUGAAAAGCAGCAAGCAAGGAUGGAUGUGGACAGCCUUCUCUUGAAUGGAAGCAACAUGACGCCUCCCUGCGAACUGGGGAUAGAAAACGAGACGCUUUUCUGCUUGGAUCAGCCCUAUGCUUCCAAAGAGUGGCAGCCAGCCGUGCAGAUUCUCUUGUACUCCUUGAUAUUCCUGCUCAGCGUGCUGGGAAACACGCUGGUCAUUACGGUGCUGAUUCGGAACAAGAGGCUGAGAACGGUCACCAACAUCUUCCUGCUCUCCCUGGCUGUCAGUGACCUCAUGCUCUGCCUCUUCUGCAUGCCGUUCAACCUCAUCCCCAGCCUGCUUAAGGACUUCAUCUUUGGGAGCGCUGUCUGCAAGACCACCACCUACUUCAUGGGCACCUCUGUGAGUGUCUCCACCUUUAAUCUGGUAGCCAUAUCGCUGGAGAGAUAUGGGGCAAUUUGCAAACCCUUACAGUCCCGCGUCUGGCAGACAAAAUCCCACGCUUUGAAGGUGAUUGCCGCUACCUGGUGCCUCUCCUUUACCAUCAUGACUCCAUACCCGAUUUAUAGCAACUUGGUGCCUUUUACCAAAAAUAACAAUCAGACCGCGAAUAUGUGCCGCUUUCUACUGCCAAAUGAUGUCAUGCAGCAGUCCUGGCACACCUUCCUGUUACUCAUCCUCUUUCUUAUUCCUGGAAUUGUGAUGAUGGUGGCAUAUGGAUUAAUCUCUCUGGAACUUUACCAGGGAAUAAAAUUUGAUGCUAGCCAGAAGAAGUCUGCUAGAGAAAGGAAACCGAGCCCCGGCAGCAGCGGCAGUUGCGAGGCCCGCGAUGGGUGCUACCUGCAGCGGUCCAAGCCCCCAGGGAAGCUGGAGCUGCAGCAGCUGUCGGCCAGCCGCCGCCGCAGGGUCAGCCGCAUCAGGAGCAGCAGCCCCGCGGCCAACCUGAUGGCCAAGAAGCGGGUCAUUCGCAUGCUCAUGGUCAUCGUGGUUCUCUUCUUCCUCUGCUGGAUGCCCAUCUUCAGCGCCAACGCCUGGCGGGCCUUCGACACCGCCUCUGCCGAGCGCCGCCUCUCCGGGACCCCCAUCUCCUUCAUCCUCCUGCUCUCCUACACCUCCUCGUGCGUCAACCCCAUCAUCUACUGCUUCAUGAACCAGCGGUUCCGCCUCGGCUUCAUGGCCACGUUCCCCUGCUGCCCCAACUCUGGUCCCCCAGGAGCGAGAGGGGAGGCGGGGGAGGAGGUGGAGAGCAGGACCACCCGGGCCUCUCUGUCCGGGCGCUCGUGCAGCCACGCGAGCGCCUCUGCCCCGCCCCCGUGA